AUGGCUCGUGCUGGACGACCAUCAUUUUUCCUGAUCCACACAGGAUUCCUGUUAGCUAUCGUUUUAUUACCAGAGUUUCUGGGGGCCGUGCCAGUGGAGCAGCACAAGGAGGAGGAAGCGCCUGCAGAGUCUGACGAUGUGAAAGCAGAGGCCAUGGCCAGCCUUACCAAGCUGGUUCGUAACAGAAGGAACGUCCCUGUUUUGGCUGUGCCACAGUUUAAACGUGUGCCGGACUUCUGGGGAUGGUACAAGUACUUCAUGGACAGCCACAACCAGGAGGGAGUGGAGGAUCUAGAUCGUCUGUACAUGGCCUACCUGCAGAACAAGCACAGGUCAGAGGAGGGCCCCACCUUCAACCACUACCUCAAGCACCUCAGUGAAAUCUACAAGUCCUGUGCCGACUCUGACGACCCAGACUGCAUCUCUGAAUCCACCAGCAAGCCAAAAGCCGCCAUAGUGAUGCCCGAGGCCAUCAAGUCUGCUGCCGUCAGGAUGUGCAACCCUUACCUUGACCCCUAUUGUCUCUUCCCCCUCCUUCCCAUGACCGCCCCUGAGCCUGAGCCUGCUCCAGCUCCAGCUAAAGUCCCAGCCCCCAUCCUCACCCCCCUGCUGCCCAUGCCACUGAAGAGUCCCACCGGCUUCUACUACUAUGCCCCCAUCCUGGAGCCUUUCCUGAGUGCUGAGCAGAGGGCUGAGCUGCUGAGGAUCUGCAAUGCUGAGGAUGUAGAGUGUCUGCAGUAUCACCUGAGGGCAGCUUAUGGUUACCGCCCUGCUCCUGGCCCUGCCCCAUCUUACUCUGCCCUUAAAUGUGACCCCAAGAGCCCCUACUGCAUGCCAACACUGGUCCAUAAAGCCCCGACUGGCUUCUAUCACCUGCUGUACCCCAGCUGUGACCCAGCAGUCGAUCCUCUCUGUGUCACCAAUGUUGCUCCUGCUCCCCUCGCCGGUGAGGAGCCUCCUAAAGAGCAACACUGCAACCCUCUCUUUGACGCUGGCUGCAACCCUCUGACCGCCACCAAGCUUGCUCAGCUCACCAAACCUGUGCUGGAGUACGCACCCAAAGACGAGCCUGCCCGUCCUGCUGCUCCUCUGUCCUGCGACCCUCGCGUUGACCCAUACUGCAUACUGGCAGCCGCCGCUGCUCUGCGCAAGCCCGCUCCAAAGGCCCCCGAAGACCAGGUCCGCUACAAGCUGGGCGUCCCUGGCAAGACCAAGGAUGGCCACGACUGCUAUGUGCACUAUGACAAAGAUUGCACCCCGGUGAAGUCUGGCUCUGAGGCCAAAGCCGACAUCAAGGCUCCAGCCAAGCCCGCCUGCCAUCCCUUUGACCCCAGCUGUGGAAAGUUCGCUAAACCCUCAGGUGUCGUCGCCUCAAAGCCCAGCAAGGAUGGCAUAAUCCUGCCAGACCCUGACUGCGAUCCAGAGUUCGACUACAACUGCCGCCUGCGACGCGCUGAGCCUGCGGAGGCUGCCGAUGAGCCUGCAGCUGCUGAAACGGAAGAGAAGGCUGCUGAUGAGCCCGCCAGGGAAGCCGCUGUACCCCGCUUUGAAGACUUCCUCCGAGGCGUCAUGAGACAGCACAAGUAG